UGCUCAAGAGCUGUAGAAAGUCCUGGGAUUUACAACAAACCGUAGCGCAAACAACGACGGCAAAAUGGUGAACGAAUACACGGGACCGCCUCCGCAGGAAAUGGAAACGUUCCUGCCUCAGGAUGGAAAGAACGGAGCCACUGUGUACAAGUUUACACCCGCCAAAUCUGAUGUCGAGGCAAAUGGUACAAUACAGUUUGAUCCGUUCAAAGAACGGAAAUUAGAACAUCCUACGACUGAUGGCGAAACGUUAACGCAUCUGCUGAAGGCUUCGCUCGGUACGGGCAUCCUGGCGAUGCCGGUCGCGUUCAGCUAUGCUGGUCUGGUUGGAGGUAUCCUGGCUACCGUUUUCACCGCUUUCAUCUGCACGCACUGUGCGUACGUGCUGGUCAAGUGUGGACACACGCUCUACCGUCGCACGCAUCGGACGGCAAUGAGCUUCUCGGAGAUUGCCGAGGUUGCGUUUGAGAAUGGACCGGAAUGGGGCCGUCGCUUUGGCAUGCCAACGUCGUACUGCAUCCGAUACGGACUCUUCAUAACGUACUUCGGUACAUGUGCCGUCUAUACAGUCAUCAUUGCGACCAACUUCCAGCAAGUGAUUGAGCAUUACUACGGCAGCCCGCUGAACCUGCGCGUGAUGAUCGCGCUGCUACUUGUGCCGCUUAUCCUUCUAUCCUGGGUGCCGAACCUGAAGUACCUUGCGCCGGUUUCGAUGGUCGCGAACGUGUUUAUGGGUGUUGGGUUGGGCAUUACGUUCUACUAUCUGGUGACCGAUAUGCCGCCGGUCGAUUCGCGCCCACUCUUUCUGCCUGUAAUGCAAUGGCCCGCAUUCUUCGCCAUUGUGAUCUUUGCGAUGGAGGCUAUCGGUGUGGUGAUGCCGUUGGAGAACCAGAUGAAAACGCCCCAGAACUUUAUCGGCAUUUGUGGUGUGCUGAACCAGGGUAUGGCUGGUGUAACACUGAUCUACAUCCUGCUCGGUUUCCUCGGUUACGUGAAGUAUGGUGAUGAGGCGGCAGGCAGCAUUACCCUCAAUCUACCGGUCGAUGAAAUUCCCGCUCAAGCUGUAAAGAUCCUAAUCGCGCUCGCCGUGUACUGUACGUUUGGACUCCAGUUCUACGUGUGUCUCGAUAUUGGCUGGGUUGCCAUCAAGGAUCGGUUCACCAAACGACCGAGGCUGGUGGAGUACGUGAUGCGCACCAUUCUCGUUACUGCCGCCGUUCUGCUAGCCGUCGCUGUACCGACCAUCGGUCCGUUCAUUGGUCUCAUCGGUGCAUUUUGCUUCUCGAUCCUCGGCCUGCUGAUCCCGAUCGUCAUCGAGAUGGUUACAUACUGGGAGGAAGGAUUCGGACCCGGCAACUGGAUCGUGUGGAAGAAUGUUAUCGUGAUGGUGUUCGGCAUCAUUGCACUCGUGUUUGGUUCCAAGAGCUCCAUCCAGGACAUUCUUGCGCUGUACGCUUAAGGUCUGCAGCACCG